AUGGAGGCUCUAAAGGACUUGCAUACCUCUCUUGUAGAGGCAUGUGAGGUAUCCUUUAGAAAUGCCCAUAAAGAGCUUGAGACUGAACUGGCUGCUCGAGAUGCACGUAUUCACGAAGCCGAACGGAACGUAUCAAAUGCUCUCCAGGCUCAGCAGGCCGCCGAGCAAAAGGUCGAAGAGCUUCAGCGUGAAGUGUCUGCGCUGCGAAAUGAGCUAAGUACUUACAAUGCGGAUCCAAAAGAUGUCGAAUUGCCGACUGGAAUAAGCAACCUGGAGAGAGAAUUCGCACCCAAGAACAUUUGGAGGACCGAUCUACUUGAGGCAGAUCAAUUACGUGAUAUCCUCGAAGACAAAUACACGACGCUCUAUACCGAUCUGCAAGCAUUUAGCCGGAGCUGGGGUGGUCUCAAAUCAAAACUGCUUCAGCACAAGAAGAAGUUGCAGCUUUGGGACAAACAAUUGAACAAGGACUCGUUCACGAUCCUUCUGGACAAGGGUCCAGUGACAUUCCAGAGGGUGUCGGACAAUACUCAAGUCUCAGGACUGGUCUCCAAUACUGGCACACCUGCCCCGAAUGUGGAAAGUCGAACGGAUGCAAACCCUUACAUCAAAACCGAAGAAUGCAGCCAACAAAUAGCUGCCCCCAAUCAGCUUAUGAGUACAGCUACCCAGAACACCGCCACUAGUGAUGUUCUCUCGUCGGAGUCCAAUUCAGACGUACUGCCCCCUCUGCCCAACAUCCAGACGAAAAAGCGAAAGCGGGUCCUUCCCUCUGCUCAAGAGCCGAGACUUGGUGCCCCCGAGAGACCGGUACUUGUCAAGGCCGAGACAAUGUCAUCAAGUCCAAUGCACCAUGGAGUAACUCUUGGAUCCGGUCCGAAUUUCCCCAGCACCCAAGAUUUAGAUGAGAUCGGUGGUACUGUGCCGACACCUACGAAAAGGCAUGCUCACCGAGAGGUCCACUGGGAAGAUGGAGGCGAGGAAUCAGCCCCCGGCACGCGAAAUGCCAUUACAGAUCGCGAAAUUCAGCAUCAAAAUGUGCUCCAGCCAGUUGAUGGGAAUUUACGAUCAAUUAGAUCUUGGGGGAAACAACCCGAGUUGCAAAAGCCGAAGUCUUCAACUAUCCAAGCCCUUCUCAUGGCAGAAGAUGGUGAUUGUGGUGAUGACCAGGAUCAGUCCCGAAAGAAGCGCGCAAAGAGUGCGGCGGCCGUCCGGAAUGAGUUCCCUAGCGCCGUUCGGAAUCGUUUGCAAGGUCUUCUAGAAGGAUCAUUGCCAUCUAAAUCGCCCCUUCGUUCUCCUAGAAACGUUUUGACCCGCGUUCAGGACGAAGGUGGGAAUUUCGACAUACGUCAAAAGAGCAUGACCACCAAGUCUGCAUCUCCCCAUGCACGACCAGAGCCAGUCGAACAGCCAUCUCAAAUAGGCCCAGAGGGGGUACCGGAAGAAGAACCAUACCGAUCCCGACCUCUCCACCGUCUAAACCUCGAUCAUUUCAAAAUCAAUCCCACCAGAAAUCAAGGCCUCGACUACGCAUACGACACAGUUGUCCGUAAGAAGGAUGACCGAAAAUGCAUGUCCGGCUGUACACGCCCCGGCUGCUGUGGAGAUCGAUUUCGCGCCAUGGCUCGCAUGGCAGUGCAAGGUACCACCAUCUCCGCCGAGCAGAAGGAGGAAGACCAGCGGAUUCUCGAAGAGUACGUUGGUGAGGACCAACAUUUGCUUGAUGGGUUGAAUGACAAGGACCGCAAGAAUCUACUUGUGGAAGCUCGAGCACGAGCCCUUGCCAAUCAAUAUGGAAGGCAUCGACAUACUCACCAACGAGCUCGGAGUCCACCUGGAUUCUGGCGAACUGAGAUGCCGUCUACGCAAGAAAUUGAGAAAGAUCGCGAAGAUGCGAGGAGGAUGGAGCGGGAGAAGGUCGAGGAGCGAUAUCGAGAGGCUAUGCGACCUGGAGGGCUUUGGACUUGGGCUGAUGAGUGA